GAGCUGCCUGGUUUGCAAUGUUUUCUUGAGAAGCUUUCUCCUUUCUUGCACUGCUGUUCUGGGGAGAAAAACAGACAGACACAGGAGUCGCAAUACACUGCUGGCUGCAAACUGGGACUGAUUCAGCUAUGGAGCAAUCUCUGAUCCUGAUUCUUGCAGUUUCGGUGCUGUUGUUGGGACACACAGAUGGGGAAGAAGAGAAUGGAUUCCUGUCUAAGGAAAGAGCAAGACGUCAGAUUCCAAACACCCUGAGAGUCACCACUAUUCUGGAGCAGCCCUUUGUUAUGACGACUGAGUCGGGGGAAUUGGAAGGAUAUUGUGUGGACCUUCUCUCUGAACUUGCUGAAUCCUUGCAGUUUAACUAUACAUUGAAUGUAGUGAAAGAUGGACGUUACGGAUCCAAAGACCAGAAUGGAGUUUGGAAUGGGAUGAUUGGAGAGGUCAUUAGGAAGGAAGCUGACUUGGCAGUGGCGCCUUUGACAAUUACUGCAGCCAGGGAGAAUGCGGUGUCCUUCACAAAACCAUUCAUACAGACUGGAAUCAGUAUUCUUAUGAAGAAGGAUGGGGCCACUCAGAGUUCAUACCUUUUUGCAUUCUUACAUCCCUUCAGUAAAGAAUUGUGGAUAGGAAUCAUAAUAUCUUACGUGAUUACAACCAUCUGCCUGUUCCUUGUUGGAAGGUUAAGUCCUUGGGAGUGGCCCAAUCCCUCUAGUGAAGAGAAUCAAUACACUUUACUGAACAGUCUUUGGUUUGGUGUUGGGGCAUUUACACUGCAAGGUGUUGAGCCUCUGCCAAAAUCUUUGUCUGCCCGAAUAAUUGCAGUCAUCUGGUGGUUGUUUUCCAUUACCCUGCUGGCUGCGUAUAUAGCCAGCUUCGCUUCAUACCUAAACAACAGCACAGAACAAGUUCCAAAAAUUCAGACAUUUGAUGAUUUGUUAAAGCAAAGUAAAAUCGAAUUUGGGACACUGAGCAGUUCCUCCACUUUUAAUUUCUUCAAGAAUUCUAAGAACCCAACAUUCCGAAAGAUAUAUGAGUACAUGGACAAAAGAAAAGACCGCGUUAUGGUGAAUACAUUUGCUGAAGGUGUAAAACGAGUGAGGGAGUCAAACUACGCCUUCCUGGGAGAAUCCAUUAGUCAGGACUUUGUGGUGGCCAAACAGUGCGACCUUGUUCGUGCCCCGGAAGUGAUUGCAGGCAGAGGAUAUGGAAUUGUUGCCUCAACAGAUUCAGCACUUCUCAGGCCCCUGACACUCGCCAUUCUGGAGCAAUUUGAAUUGGGAAAUCUAGAGUAUUUACACCAGAAGUGGUGGGAUAAAACAUGUACAACUGAAGACCAUGCUGGCUGGGUUCCUGUGCAAGCUACAACCCUGGGCGGAAUCUUCCUCAUUCUGGGCAUUGGUCUUGCUCUGGGACUGAUCGUUUCAUUCAUUGAAUUGGUGUGUAAAACAAAGAUCAAUGCUUAUCAACAGAAGAAACCAUGCUGCUCUGCCUUCUCAGAAGAGAUCGGGCAACGGUUUGGAAGAAGAGAAACUCAGGAGUGUUUGGAAAAGGUGCAGCCAUAGUGCUGCUUUCUGGUGAAAAUACAGAAGAUGGAGAUAAAGUACUGUAUCUGUAAAUGUGCAGUCCAUUAUCUGCUUUUUGUUGCCUUUCUAUACUUGUGCAGUCAUAAUUACGAUGCUCGGAAAGUGUUUUUGUUUUUAUUGAGAAACAAACUAUAUAGUGGUGUUCGUUUUCUUAUUCAUUUUACAGAUAGUAUUGACAUACAGUAUUAGCCCGAUUUGUAAUUGUGUUUAUUAAACAGAAAUGACAUACUCCCUUAUACACAGCUAUAAAUACAAAUGGUUGUUAGAAUGGGGAGUAAGGUAAUCAUUUUAUAAUGUACAAAGAAUGAUUUGCUAUUUAGAAUAGGAAUGUGAAAUAUAGUUAAGUUAAAACAAGACAAGCAAAACGGCUGCUUCAUUAACUCAACUGUGAUUGCACAUACAACAUGGUAGCUAGAGUGUCUACUUAUAUUAAAAAUGUUGGAUCUUAAAAAUUUAUGAAGAAAUAGUAAAAACCCCUGUAAUUGUAUUGCCAUCAUUCAGUUUUAGAUUUCCCUUACAGCAUAAACCAUGUUAAUUAACUUUCUAAUAAGUUAUAACAUCUGGAACUAACAUCUGAGGUCCUUCUAGCCUUCAAAGGGGUCAAAUAUUUCCCGGUAAUCCCACUAAUACAUUAAUUAUACAUUUAAUCAAAGAAACACAUCUCUCUGUAAUAACAUCAGCAGCCAUAUGAAGCAGGUGUUACAAAUCUGACAAUAUAGCAGAGGGCUGCAGGGGAGGGAUGGGCGUGUACACCUGAAGAUGUUAAGCAUAAAUGAAUAUAGUUUACACUUUGAAGUAUGAAAUAGAGGAAUAUAAUCAAAUGUUGUAUGUUUGGAUAUCUAUGUAAGACUUAACCAUUAAACUGAUAACUAAACCAAA